AUGAUGGUAACAGUGUUCGCACGAGGUUGGCGCAGGAGAGUCAAAGCACAUUUACUUAUUUUUAUUUUAAUUACCUCUAACUCCAUUUCCAUAAUAAUCAUUAGUUACCACGCUCCUACCUAACCUAAUUCGAGCUCUGACUUCCUACGUUCCUCCUACAAUUCAAACGCUAUGUAUAUUUAUGUUAAUUCCAAAGGAUCAAUCUUCAAAUGCCUUGCAAAAUUUUGUUAAUAUUAAAUCACUAAUUCCGGAUACUAUUAAGAAAUGCCACAAUAUCAAUAAUGCAGAAAAAAAUGGCCAAACAAUAUUUUUAGAUAAUCAUACAUCAAAGCAUUUUUCAAAAGUAAUAAGUUGUACACCAAUAUUGCAAACAUUUGAAAAUGUUGAAAAAGGAUCUAAAAGUCAAAUGGACAAUAUUCGAAACAAUCAUGAAAAAAAUAAACAUACUCAAGAUUAUCAUGAAAAAAAAAUAGAAAAAUUUACAUUCAUGUUGGCCAACUUCUAAUAUGCAUUAUUAUGUCAAUAAAUGGAUAGUAUUUAUAUUUAAAAGUAAUUUUAAGACUAUUAUUAUUUUUUUGUUUUGUAAAAAUUACUAAUGACUAUUCUA